UUGUCAGACAAGUCGAAGCUGUGAGCGGGCGCGUCGACAAAAUUUUCCGAAGCCCGUUAAUAAUAGCGAGGACGCCUUUGGUUCUUCAAGUCGCUGAUACUCUCAAGGACAGAGUGUUCUUCAGCAUGGCAACAAGUACGCUAUCUAAUUUGACACCAGCUUCUCCAUGUACUCACACGUGUGGUGGUGAAAAACACUACAGGUGUGAGGAGUGCAGCAAACAGUUUAGUCAGCUGGGUGAUCUAAAGACUCACAUGCGGACUCACACUGGUGAGAAACCCUACAGGUGUGAGGAGUGCAGUAAACAGUUCAGUCGGCUGGGUCAUCUAAAGAAACACUUGCGGACUCACACUGGUGAGAAGCCCUACAGGUGUGAGAAGUGCAACAAAGAGUUCAGUGAGCUGGGUAAUCUAAAGGUACACAUGCGGACUCACACUGGUGAGAAACCCUACAGGUGUGAGGAGUGCAACAAACGGUUCGGUGAGCAGGGUAGUCUCAAGAGACACAUGCGGACUCACACUGGUGACAAACCCUACAGGUGUGAGGAGUGCAGCAAACAGUUUACUCAACUGUGUCAUUUAAAGGGACACUUGCGGACUCACACGGGGGAGAAACCCUACAGGUGUGAGGAGUGCAGCAGACAGUUCAGUGAGCUGGGUCACCUAAAGAGACACAUGCGAACUCACACUGGUGAGAAACCCUACAGGUGUGAGGAGUGCAGCAAACAGUUUAGUGAACUUGGUCAUCUGAAGACGCACAUGCGGACUCACACUGGUGAGAAGCCCUACAGGUGUGAGGAGUGCAGCAAACAAUUCAGUGAGCUUGGUCAUCUGAAGACGCACAUGUGGACUCACACUGGUGAGAAACCCUACAGAUGUGAGGAGUGCGGCAGGAAGUUCAGUGAGCUGGGUAAUCUGAAGACACACAUGCGGACUCACACUGGUGAGAAACCCUACAGGUGUGAGGGGUGCGGCAGGCAGUUCAGUGAGCUGGGUACUCUGAAGAGACACAUGCGGACUCACACUGGUGAGAAACCAUACAGAUGUGAGGAGUGCAGCAGGCAGUUCAGUGAGCUGGGUAGUCUCAAGAGACACAUGCGUACUCACACCGGUGAGAAACCCUACAGGUGUGAGAAGUGCAGCAGGCAGUUUAGUGAGCUGGAUCAUCUAAAGGGACACACGUGGAAUCACACAGGGGAGAAACCCUACAGGUGUGAGGAGUGCAACAAGCAGUUCAUUAAGCUUGCUCACCUAAAGAGGCAUAUGCGGACUCACACAGGUGAGAAACCCUACAGGUGUGAGGAGUGCGGCAAGCAGUUCUGUGAUCAAAGUUCCUUGAAGAGACACAUGCGGACUCACACCGCUGGUGGAACGGGCAGAUAAAAAACCGAACGACAUUGACAUUAACAUGGAAGAUUGCUCUUAAAAUGUCAGGUUGUAGUGUUGCCAUUGACAAUUUUAUACGGUAAAACAUGGAAACUUUGAACUGUUCCAAGAAUUGUACGUCGCUGACUGUAAUUCAAGACUAAUUUUGACAUAAUGAUUUUGCUGAAAUUCAGACACAUUUUUGUUACGGGACACCUUUUGCAACAUCAGUGAAAACACUGUAUAAAGGUUUACUUUGCAGUUCUAUAACCAUGUUAUAAUUAAAAGAACAGCAACCGUUUCCAUUUGCUAUUAUUAUCUUGAUUGAGUAUUUUAUUAUGUUUGGUUGUAUUCUAUAUUGUUAACUGAUUGAUUUUAGCUUAAUCUUUACUUGUUAGUUUAUUGUAUUAGUAUGUUAUAUUGUGUAUGUUUAAUCUUUGUAAUGUUUGGCGCCCGAAAUCAGCUAUGCUGCCUGGGUGGGCAGGGUAUUGUAUCGUUACAAUCGAAUUAAAAUAAAAAAAUAAAAUAAA